CUUCUUCUUCUUCUCUUCACUUCGCUAAAAAAAAAUUCCCCCUUCAUUUUUUUAACCCUUCUUUUUCCACUUCACAAGAGUCUUGAUAGUGGUCGAUACGUAUUUUCUCAACCCUCUUUUCUUUGUUUCUAUUUUUCGUUUGUUUUGUUGUUUGUUUGUUGGUUUUCUCUACCCUCAUCAUUUUCACUCCUUAUUUCAAAAGAAAGAAGAACAAACGAGAGCUAACGAUAAGCAACAUACAGUACUACUUGGUCUUAUUCAUUCAUCCUUUAAUUUCCUCCCUUUUCACGUCCCAUCACCCAAAAAUCUUCCUUUCUUUCUCUAUAACACCCCCAAAAAAUUUACAUAUAUAUGUAACUGUUCCUAAAAAGAUUGUUAAAUUUAACAACCCAAUUUCACAAAUAACAAAAAUAUUAGCUCAAACUUGAAGAUUGAUCAUAAAAAUGGAUGUAAUAGGCGCUGGAUCAUCCGAACCCGGAAGUGGAGGUGGAGGUGGAGGUGGAGGUGAAGGAUCAUCCUCCCAACCAAACAGACCCGGAGGCGAUCACGCCCCCGGAUCAUCAAGUGGCGGCGGUGGUGGUGGUGGUGAUGGUGGUGGUAGUGGUGAUGGAUCUCAAACAGUUGCUGCAGCGACUGCAGCAGCAGUCGCUGCAGCAACAACAGGGGCGACCCCGAGCAGGUACGAGUCACAAAAAAGACGAGACUGGAAUACUUUUUUACAAUACCUAAGAAACCACAAACCCCCACUUUCACUGUCUAGGUGCAGCGGAGCCCAUGUGAUAGAAUUCCUCAAAUAUUUGGACCAAUUUGGUAAAACAAAAGUCCACAUCACUGGCUGCCCUUACUUUGGUCACCCUAACCCUCCUUCCCCUUGUGCUUGCCCACUAAAACAAGCUUGGGGUAGUCUUGACGCGCUCAUAGGCCGUCUUCGUGCUGCUUACGAAGAAAAUGGAGGUCGACCUGAAUCUAACCCAUUUGGAGCACGCGCUGUCAGAAUUUACCUCCGAGAGGUCAGAGAAAGCCAGGCCAAAGCUCGUGGGAUCCCUUAUGAGAAGAAGAAGCGAAAACGCGCUUCUUCUUCUUCUUUAACCUCCACUUCCACUGCCACCACCACCACUACAGCAGUCGCGAGUAGUGGUGGGACUAGAGAAGGUGGCAAUGGAAGUGGAGAUGAAGCAGGUGGAGUCACAGCUGCUGGUGUAGGUCCUCCUACAACUACUACCUAAUUUUUAUUUUUUUGAAUCAUUAUUAUUAAUUAUUUAUGAUUUGACUUAUUAUCAUGAGAUCAAUUAUUGUCCAAUGUUGGGGGUUAAAAAUUGUGAUUAUAUUAUGAGGAAGCUAAUUAAGCAUAUUAUUAAGUUCUAA